AUGAGCAAUCCCUCAACAAACAACAGCAACAACAAUAAUAGCGAUGAUGCCGUGUAUCGUGCGCUAGUGAUCGAUUCUGGUCCAAUCAUCAAGAACACGGCCACCAGCAAGUUGUACGGCAAAGCGAAUGUGUAUUAUACAACCCCAGCAGUGAUUCAGGAGAUUCGCGAUGCCAAAGCACGGCAAAGUUUGGAUCAGUUGCCCUUUGAACUCUACCAAAGGGAGCCUUCUCAGGAAGCUUUGGAACGAGUGAUUUCCUUUGCCAAGCAAACUGGAGAUCACGCCAGUCUUUCGAAUGUGGAUAUUCAAGUUUUGGCGCUUUGUGUAGACUUGGAAAAAGAAGGGUGCUUGGACUUGGAACACAUUCGCACUUCUCCUAAGCGUAUGGUCGGGUUAGGGCCGAUCAAGAACUUGGCGGGAGAUGAUAAGACUGAAAACCAGGAAGAGAAGAAGGAAGGCACAGUCGAGGAGGAAGACGAUGAUGGUGAAGAUUCGGAUGAUGAAGGGAAUGAAUUGGAAGAUGGAGUGACAUUUUUCCAGCAAUCUCCAUCAGUGGCAGAUGCACCAGAACCCAUUGCUGCUCCUAAACCAGAAGCUCCCAAGCAACCAAUGUCUUGGGCGAAGGUUGCCAACCCAUCGGCUUCGGAUUCUGUUACAGUUGUGAAAGAGUCGAUGAAGACAAUUACGCUAGCAGAGCCGUCCCCAGCUACCGGCGGUGGUGGCCAAUUUGAUGAUGCAGAUGAUGACGAAGAGAAUGUCUCUGGAAAUGAUCAGACCAAUGAUAUUGCCAACGAGGAAGAACUUCAAAAGGAGUUGGAAUCUGCCUUUCCUAGUUUAACUGCAGCUGCCACUGUCCCGUACGAAGGCAGUGAUGACGAGGAGGAGGAAGAAGAAGAUAAGGCAGACGCCGAGACUGAAGAUGAUGAGGAAGCGAUGCUGAAAAAACUAGAGGAGGAAGAAUCCGAACGAGAACGGAAAAGGCAAGAAGCGCUGAAGCCCAUUUCCAACUCGGGAAAGCUAUACAAUUCCUUUCGAAAGUAUGGAGACUUGAUGAAAGCAGCUCCACCAAAGAAAAAGGAGGUCAAGAAAGCUACCACGGCACUCAUGAAAAUUGCCAAAGACGAAGAGCCCACGGAUCGUGGUUUAGAAUCUCGAAUCAUGGGAAGCAGUGGUGCUGGUAUGAUGUCUGACAUGAACGAACAAGACGACGAUGGUGAAGGAUGGAUCACAUGCUCAUCAGAUAUUCAGCAAGGACGUCUUGUUCCCAAGAGUUCCAACAAAGCUGCUUCUGCCAGCAACCUUGGCCCACCCACGUCACAACGGACUGCCUGUACCACCACUGAUUUUGCUAUGCAAAACGUUCUUUUGCAAAUGGGCCUACCUCUUUUGAGUGUGGACGGUAUGAAGAUUCGUCGACUCAAGUCAUGGGUCUAUCGAUGCGGAGCAUGCUUCCGUGUACACACUGAUGCGGAAUUCAAUGGAAUGAAGCGAUUAUUUUGCUCCCAUUGUGGAUCUGAGAUGAUGCAGCGAGUAGCGUGCAGUAUUGACGGCAAGACAGGACGUCUAAAGUUGCACUUGAAGAAGAACUACCGGCACAACUUGAGAGGAACCAAGUUCUCGCUCCCAAAGCCUGGAUCUGGCAACCGCUUCCAAGGAGACCUAUUGCUUCGAGAAGAUCAGUUGCUUACAGGUGCCUGGAACCAAAAGAUGCGAAUGCGCACCGGGGGAAAGUCCAAGACGCAUGCUCAAUCUAUUUUCGGCAAAGAUAUUGCAUCGAAUGUGGGUUGUAACGCCAAGGGAUCGAUGACUGCUGAUGACAUUCGGGUUGGGUUCGGGCGACGCAAUCCCAACUCUGCCAAGGGACGCGAACGGCGUGGAAAAAAGAAAAAGGGUGCUGAUCGAGCCUGUGGACUUCGUCGCUACCACUAG